AAACAUCGAACCAUUUGGAUGCUCUCAUGUUCAUUUCCUUCACCGGAUCAUCCACUUCUUUCUUAGACUCCCAUCUCCAUCUUCCCUCAAUCGCGGAGAAGGAAGACUCCGCCAGGGGAGACCGCAUCCGCGACUGUCGCCGGAUCUUCCACACCCCCUCCUUGCCAGCGGAGGACGCAUCCCUUCGACGGUCUGAUCUCCGUCCCUUCGCGGCUUCGACCCUGUGUCCUGGCCAUCGGGCACUCCUGUUGUCCGCCUUGCAGGUUUGCGUUUAAAGAUUCACCGGUACCUCUUGGCACAAAGGUGGAAUACAACUUACUAUUUUGCAUUGGUGUUGACUUUCGAACAAAAAAAACUCUUAUUUUAGCCUUGGAGAAUGUCUAGUGGAGAGGUGAAGAAAGUCUCCCGUGAAGAUAUUCAACUGGUGCAAAAUCUUAUAGAACGGUGCCUGCAGCUUUACAUGAACCAGAAAGAGGUUGUGAGUACCCUCCUACAUCAAGCCAAAAUUGAGCCAGGCUUUACUGAACUUGUGUGGCAAAAGCUUGAAGAAGAAAAUCAGGAAUUCUUCACGGCAUACCGUUUGAGGUUAAUGGUGAAGGACCAAAUACUGAGAUUCAAUGAGUUGCUUGAGAGACAGGCUAAACUAAUGAACCAGAUAUGUCCGGCUGGAGUGAGUUCGAUUCCCUUGACCAAAGGUGGAACUCAAAUACUCUCAUUGCAUGAGAAUACCUGCACAACAACUGAAAACGCUGGGCCAGUCAUGAAGGUUGAAACGAUGAACCAAAAUAUGAAUGCCAGUUUACUUAGUGCUUACUCAAACGUGUCCACACUACAAACACAUAUUCAAACUGCAAUUGACAUGUCUCCUCAUUCGCGGAGGAUUAGUGUCUUACCAAGCACACUACUCGCUCAAAAUGCCAAUGUUGGGUUGAUGCAUGGAGGACAACCAAUGAAAUCAGAAGCAGCUGCAGCUGCAGCUUAUCAUCCUGCCAAUUCUAAUUUCUUGUUUGGAAGUGAAAACAAUGUUCUGGAAAUCCGUCCAGCGAUCACGGAUGCAUCCAUUUCAUCCUUCAGUAGCGUAGAGUCUAAUUCACAUAGCCUGAACGAGACUGUUUUGGAUGCGGCUGAUACAUCGUUUGGGUUCUUGGGGCAGAUACCCCGAAACUUCAGUUUGUCAGAUUUGACAGCUGACUUUGCUAACAGUUCAGAUAUUUUAGAGAGCUAUUCGAGAUCACCCUUUCUACCUUCCGGCACAGAUAGCUUUCUGGAUCCUCAUGGUACAAUAGAACACCAAGGUCCAUUUGUUCCAUAGGUUAACCUCUGGAGGGUUUUUGUAAAUAAGGGAUUGGGGCAUGAAAAGACUCUCAGAAUGUGAAGAAUUAGAUUAUGAUGACGUCCGGGUUCACAGAAGGAUGGGAUACAUAUUAACGAUUUGGAGGAAUGGGUUUGGUGUACACGUGCAUUUAUUUGUUUUGUGCAAAUAGUUUUACAGGACAAAAUAUGAACAGUACGAAUCUCUCGUUGUAUUGUGGCGGUAAAGUAAUGUAUGUUCAUUAUACUCUGUAAUUAAAUUGCAACUCAUGUAUGUAUUCAUAGUGGUGUUACUGAAUCUGUUUAUC